AUGGGUGAGAUAAAGAAAGGCCCCUGGAAAGCAGAAGAAGAUGAGGUUCUGAUAAACCAUGUCAAGAAAUAUGGCCCCAGAGACUGGAGCUCCAUUCGAUCCAAAGGCCUUUUGCAGCGUACUGGCAAGUCUUGUCGCCUCCGUUGGGUUAAUAAACUUCGACCCAACUUAAAGAACGGGGUAAAGUUCUCUGCAGAGGAGGAGAGGAUUGUAAUAGAUCUUCAAGCACAAUUUGGGAAUAAGUGGGCAAAAAUUGCAACGUAUUUGCCUGGGAGAACAGACAAUGAUGUCAAGAACUUUUGGAGUAGCAGGCAGAAGAGGUUGGCGAGGAUCUUGCAAACCCCUGCAUCAUCAUCAUCAUCAUCAUCAAAUAGGUCACAAAGAAACAAGCACGUCCCUGCUAUUCAUGAUGUUCCUCCUUUUGAGGCAUCCAAGUUCAGUUCUUCAAGUGAGGAAGACUCGCUGCCUAAAUCCCAGUCUUGCUUAUCAUUAUAUACCGUAAAAUCUCUGACAGUGGAAAUGGAAAUGGUGCCAUUACCAGAGCUAAUGCAUCCCAACACACUCAAUUAUGAGCAGAGUUUCCUUCCACCCGAGUUUGAUUUGAUUGAGAAGAAGCCAUGCAUUGAGACACUAUCACAGCUUCCUUUUCCUCAGAUUCCUAACUUCCAAUCGGAGUUCGCACUUUCACUGGAAAACAACGAAGUUGUCACGAGACUUGGGGAUCCUAACUACUUGGAGGCUUUUGGAAGUAGCAUUUCUUCUGAAUUAGGCAAUGUGCAACUCCCCAUCAUGCCUACGUGUUUCGAAUCAGAGAGAAGAAGCACUCAAAUUGCUGCAAAGUGUGAAAUUGGCAACCCUGUGACUCCAGAUAGCUUCGUGGAUGACUUCCCCAUAGAUAUAUUUGAUCAUAUUGAACCCCUUCCUAGCCCAUUAGACUGGUGAUGGCAGCAUUUUGGAGUGGUUGCAUAUGAUCUCGGGCGGCCUAGCUUCUUUUCAUUUCAAGUCUUAAGGCAGUAAUGUUUAGUCAGUCCGUAUUCAUUAUUGUGUAAGCGUUUGACAAUAUAACUAGUCGAACAUCGUAUUAAAUUUCUUUGAAUGUAUCCGUUAGGUUAGGCUGAUUUGCUAUUUUGAAUCAAUCUAUCAUGUUUCUAAAGAUUUUGCAAUGCUGGUGCUGCAU